GAUAUCAUGUAUAAUGUGUGAGCGUGUGAGUAGUAGCUACAUUGUAAAGAAAAGAAUAAAAAAAUAAAAAUUACCCGUUUUACACAAAGGAAAAGUAAAAAUAAAAAAAGUGAAUUGGAUGAAUGAAUGAUAUCGGAGGGCAGAGGAAAGCAGAAGCAGUGUUACUUCUUCUGUCAUUGUCACAUUAUACUUCAACCAAACCCAUCCAUCUUGGCCUGCUUCAUUUUCUUCUUCUCACUUUCAUUUUCAUUUCAACUUUUCAAAACCACCACCACUUCUCUCUAAUGGAUGCUACUUCACAACCAUUGAAGUAUCAGACAUGGUUCUUGAAAGUCUCUAUCCACUGUGAAGGUUGUAAGAGAAAAGUAAAGAAAGUUCUUCAAAGCAUUGAAGGAGUUUUUACUACAACAAUAGAUCCACAACAGCAAAAAGUAACGGUCACCGGAAAUGUUGCUGUCGAGACUCUGAUUAGGAAACUGGCUAAAGCCGGAAAACAUGCCGAGGUUUUGCCGGAGAAUCUUCCCGGGAAAGGAAAGGAUUCAAACAAAGCUAAGAACAAUAAGAAGAAUGAACAAAAAAACCAAGAAGCUCAGCAAAAGCAAAACCACUCUUCUGCAAAUAGUACUGAAUCUAAGUCUAACCAUAGCUCUGUCAAAAACAGAGGAACUGAAAAUGCUGAAAAAUGCAAAGGUGAAAACAAUAGUAGUAGCAACACAAAAACUAAGGGGUUGCCGGAGAAGUCUCCGGCAGGCGGUAAGGGACCGGAAGCAGAAAACAAAGGUGGUCAAACUGGUGGAGGUGAUUCUGGUAAGAAGAAGAUGAAGAAAGUUCAGAGUGGUGGUGGAACUGGAACAGGAACAGGAAACAAUGGGUUGAGUUCAGCAUCUACUGGUGCACCAGCACAUACAGGAUCAGAAUUUCAGUAUCCAGGUCAGGUUGUGGGACAAGUGAAUCUCAGCCCUACACGUCAGCAACCGUACAUGUUUUAUCCAGAAACAUGUUAUCCUCCUUUGGUACAUUAUGCAACUUACAACAGAUUAUGUCCCAUUGGAACAAUGGCUUGUCCUUCUUACUAUGUUCCACCAUUACCCUACAUGUGUUCAGGCCUUGACCGUGACCCUUAUCAUCAGUUUCAAUCUACACCUUUGAUUCCCUUUGAGUUCUUCAGUGAUGAAAAUGCAAAUGGGUGUUCUAUUAUGUAAUGUUGCACUUUUUUAACUGGUUUUGUUUCUUCUAUUAUAGGAUAGUUUUGUUAUGGUACUUUUGUAAUUGAGGGAAGUUUAGCUUAUAGCAUAUGUUUUAUGUCCUUGGUUUUGUAGGAGCUGAUUAGAAGAUCUUAGUCUCAACACUGAAAAUGUUCAGCUCACAACUUUAACUUAUUUUGAUUCUGGACCAAACUGUAAAUUAUGUUCUGAUAGGGAGCCUUUACUGUUAGAUAAUCAUGUUUUAUGUAUUUAGUGUGUUUUUGUGGUGUA